GGAUUGGCCGGCGGUGGAGACGGAAGCGACCGGGAGUCGAGUUGCGGGAGCCCGGCCGCGGCGAUGUGGAGCGCGGGCCGCGGCCGAGCUGCCGGUGCGGCGCUGCUGGGGCUGCUGCUGGCGCUCUCGGUGCCGGGCGGCUGUGCCGUCAGGACCGGCGAGGGGCUCGUGACCUGCGGGUCGGUGCUGAAGCUGUUCAACACUCAGCACGGGGUGCGGCUGCACUCGCACGACGUCAAAUACGGAUCCGGCAGCGGCCAGCAGUCGGUGACCGGCGUGGAGGCGCCCGACGACGCCAACAGCUACUGGCGGAUCCGCGGCGGCUCGGAGGGCGGGUGUCCGCGGGGGUCCCCGGUGCGCUGCGGGCAGGCGGUGCGGCUGACGCACGUGCUCACCGGCAAGAACCUGCACACGCACCACUUCCCGUCGCCUCUGUCCAACAACCAGGAGGUGAGCGCCUUUGGGGAGGACGGCGAGGGUGACGACCUGGACCUGUGGACGGUGCGCUGCUCGGGGCAGCACUGGCAGCGGGACGCCGCCGUGCGCUUCCAGCACGUGGGCACCUCCGUGUUCCUGUCGGUCACUGGCGAGCAGUACGGGAGCCCCAUCCGGGGGCAGCUCGAGGUGCACGGCAUGCCCAGCGCCAAUAUCCACAAUAAGUGGAAGGCCAUGGAAGGCAUUUUCAUCAAGCCCACCGUGGAGGCCUCUGCGGGCCACGAUGAACUCUGAGUGCCGUGGACCCGCCGGCAGAGGGCAGCAGGGUGGGUUGUCUGCAGGGCCCUUCUUGGGGAGACUUUGGGUUUGUCGGGGUUCUCAAGUGCCUUUAUGAUUAAAGAAUGCUGGUCUAUGGUUGCA